AUGUUAGCCAAUCCACAUAGCAAUCUGCACGAGCGUUAUCGACAACAUCGUCGGCAGAUCUCAACCCCCAAUGCGCUGGAAGCCGCCAAAGUUCCUACCCUUCCAGCACAGGCAUUGCAGCGAAUCAAUGCGCAUCGCCGUGGACAGAGUCUCGACCAACGACCUUUGCACGUCCAACGUCCUCGACCUAUGCACGAUGGGGCCGUUUCCAUUACUAACGCAACAGCAACUCAGCAGCACCAAAUCCUUGCCGGGGGAGCGCAGCAUCCCCGAUUCUCGCAAUCGGCGCAUUUCCCCCAGCACUCCUCUCCCAUGCCCGUGAUGCCUGAAUGCCCGUCUUUGACCUCGGAAGACUUGCAAGCAUUAUCCAAUUCUACCAGCAAUGCGAACCAUCCGGGCAUGGCUUACAUGAAUUCGAGCUUCAUUACCAUGGGAAAUCCGAGCUUGGGGAUUCGACCAAUGGAUAACAAUCUAAAUCUGAUGCAACAGCAGCAGCUGCAAAAUGCUCACGUCUCAUGCGUCAAUAGCCUUGAUGGCCAAAUCCUCGACAACGGUGCCUGGAAUUUCUACCAGCAAGGCCAGCUCCCUACGACGCUUCGGUCUCAAGUCAACAACCUUUCGACCGAUGGGAGACGACAGUCUGUUCAGUCAGAUAUCACCCCCUCGCAACGACCGCAUACCCCCAAGCAGGCAAAUACGCGUAAGUUAUCCGUUCAGUCAUACUGGUCAUUUUUCUCCCAGCCACUAACGACCGAUCCAGACUACUUUCCCAUAACGCCAGCGACAACUCCGUUCAAGAAACCAGCGGAACUUGCUCAGUAUAGUACGGACAUGCAGUCCACCCCCUCCAAGGAGACAGGCCGCUCUGCACCCGCAUCAGCCCAGUCGGCAUACAUGCAACGAGCCAAAUCCCUCCAAGGAGUUGCCGGGUCUACCUUUUCCAACUCCAAAAUCGAGAUGCCCUCCCCCCCGAACACUGCUUCAUUUGAAAUUGACAAUUUUGAUGCGUUUAGCAGUCAGCAGGGUUCCAGUUUCGAAAUUUCCGAGUCAGAGAAUUUAUCGCAGAGUCACUAUGCCUCGUCGUCAGCAACCUCGUCCUUUCAAUCCUCCCCAGAGCUAGCCGCCAUGCCAAGCCCAGAAGACAAUCAUGAGAAGGCUCAUAAACUGCCCAUCUUCCCUGCCGCGUCGAGUCGGGCAACCCACAGGAAGGCGCUGAGUACCAGCUCCAGUUCCUCCUUGACGAAACCCCGGCUCUCUCCAAGAGUGGCUUCAAUUGAUAGCCUUAACCUUGAUGCUAGGGUUCAUGCUUCUAUCAAAGAGACUGGGAUCACCAUCGAUGAGAUAGCCUCCUACAUCUCUGGCCCCGACCCGGAGGAUGGAAAGUGGGUUUGCCUUCACCCCGGCUGCGAACGGCGGUUCGGAAGAAAAGAGAAUAUUAAGUCACACGUCCAAACCCACCUUGGUGAUCGCCAAUAUAAAUGUGAUCAUUGCAACAAGUGCUUCGUUCGUGGACAUGACCUGAAGCGUCACGCCAAGAUUCACACUGGAGACAAACCAUAUGAAUGUCUUUGUGGCAACGUAUUCGCUAGGCACGAUGCUCUGACUCGGCACAGACAACGAGGAAUGUGCAUCGGCGGUUACAAGGGUAUUGUGCGCAAGACAACAAAACGUGGUCGUCCAAAGAAACAUCGACCAGAGUUGGAGGAGAGACAGGACAAGGCAGCCAAGACACGCCAGAGAGUCGCCGGGAAGUCAUCCCUUGACUCCUCGUCCGGGUGUGUUGAUACCCCCAACUCGCCGCCUUCCGAAAUCCUUGAGAAUAUGAGUCUUCACGGUGGAUCGAGCCCCAAAGAGGAUAUGCCCGUGUUCAUCCAACCCAACUUUUCCUUGCCUCCAUCGGCGUUUACUUUCACGCCUCCUGCGUCUCCGCGACAGAGUCUUGGAAACCAGCCAUCGCCCGCUCAGAGUCGCCGCUCACUCACACCCAGUAGCGAGGAUGAAAUGCUGCCUUUGUCGCCCUCCAAGCGCCCCCUCGAGAAGAUUGUUGAAGAACCGAGCCUGCCUUUCAUUUCGAAUGCCGACCCAUAUACCGAUAUUGCUACCUCCACCGCCGAGCUGUCUUCUCCACAUACGGCUCCCACCUUGGCUGAUUCGUCUCACGGCUCCGACCUCGAUAUCUUCAUCAGCACGGACAGCUCCGCCAACUUCAAGCAUGAAUUUCCCGAUCUGAGUGACCCCGACAUGGCCGCUUUCCCCGACUAUGUCAAUGGGUCUACUUUCGAGCCCGGACUGGAUCUGUUCUCGAGCAAGACAUUCUCUGCCGGUACCUCGAUGAACGAGGACUUCUUUUCACUCCAAUUCCAGGUUGAUGAUAUGACCAAAGAAUUCUUCAUGGACUGCUAG